GUGGGGUGAUUUUGGGCGGGGCGACUCCACCCGUGGAGUCCCCAGUCGGACUGCGGAAAAAGAAGAAGAGCUUGAAGAAGUGCGCAAACAAGCGCAGUACAAUGAACAUCAAUGAACCCUUGGCGGACCUCUUUGGAAGUGUCGGAUCUUUUCCCAGCGCCGUUCAGGUCAAAGCGCGGAAAAGCCAGCUGCUUGAAUGGCAUCCCGACAAGACUGCAGCGCCAGAGGCUGCAGAAGUGACCAGAGAACUGAACCUGGCGAAGGAGGUGUUGACGGACCCCGUGAGACGAGCUGCGUAUGACUGGGAGGUCCGCAUUGGAUUGUUUGGAGACUUGUUCAGCCUGUGGACAAUUCCCGACGACCUUCAGCUCCAGUGCAUGGACUGGGUGCAUGUGGCGCCCAACUUGUUGUGGGUUUGGCUGUUGAUCAAAGCUCCGAUCGCUCGCCUAGCCUUCAGUGAAUCAUGCAAGAUUCAGGCCACACCUUCAGCCCAGGAAAUGUGUUUGGAGGCUUUGGAUGCUGCAGUGCAAGUGUGGGAUCGCUUGCUGGAAGAUUCCUGGAUGCAUGUGGUAGGUGAAGAGUUCCCCGUGUGGUCGAAUCCAAACAUCGCUGAAAUCGCUCGGUCUCUGGAUGACGAGUCGUGGAUGGACAUGAUGCAGGUUGCACGAAGCCUUGAACCUUGCCUCGUUCGCUUCCGGGUCGCCCAGGCUGCUGCUUUUCCAAAACGCGGUUUGGAAACCAAAGCUGAGACUGCUGCUCCACCUCCGAGAUCAAAGGCUGCUGCCUUUCCAAAAAGCGGUUUGGAACCCAAAGCUGAGACUGCUGCUCCACCUCCACUGCUUGGUUCCCGUACCCCUUUUGCAAAGAUACAUCAAGGCAAUCUGCCGAUGCAGCAGCAGCAGCUUCUUUCACGACUGGAGUCGCUGGAUCUGGUGGCCCCGUCCACUGCCGAUACCACUGCCGAUACGGCAGCAGCUGCUUUCACUGCUGGAGCCUCGGGAGAUUCAACUGGUGGCAUCGCACCGUCCACUGCCGAUACGGCAGCCGCUGCUUCCGCUGCUGGAGUCACUGGAGAUGCAACUCGUGGCAUCACACCGUUCCUUGGAAGAAGCGGGGCGGCCGCAACCAAACACACCAACAUGGGUACGGACAUCGUCAUCCGAAUCAGCAAUCUGCCGAUACGGCAGCGGCUUCCACAACUGGAGUCACUGGUCCUGCAGCUAGUCGUGCCUCACCGUUCCUCGGACGAAGCGAGGCAAUACCUCGACAAUCCCGGGCAUGAUGACGCCAUCACACGCCAUCAUUACAAGCCAUUACAUGCCAUUUGUUUUAACGUUUUUGCAUACCAAUGCAGAGCGCCUCUGUACUUUGCAUACCAAUUCUGCCAUGAGAAGUGCUCGCAGAAGCUGACCCACGACCAGCAAAGCACAGCAGUUUGGAAGAAAUUCAAGGAGAUUGCGCCGAACAGGAAGGAUGGCUCGAAGGCAUUCCGGCGUUUCCUGGGCAUUGUGAACAAGGAAGCACCGAAGAUGUUUCGCCUUGGGCGGCCAGCCCUUGAACGUUGGAAGCUGCAAAGUCAGUUUGCAGUGAACUACUAUGCCAUGGGGUAUACUGUACAGCUGGCCUUGGAACGGUACAGCUGUGCGGUGGAAGCCAUGCAGCGCUUGGCACACAGGCAGAUGGGAGAUCUACCGAUGAUAUACCAAUC